AUGUUUGACACGGUCAUCAUCGAGGUGAGGAAGGGCGGCUCUGUCCUCAAGCGCAAGCUCGACACGAAGGGCGUGAUCUGCAAGCAGUCAUCCUCCCAUGCCGAGCGUAUAGGGUGCCGCGAGACGGUCGGCGGCGGCGGGGCCAAGAAGAAGAAGGCGAAGCGGAAGCGCGGCUGGGUCUACCUCAACGACUGGGGGUGGGACCCGACGGACGAGUUCGUCAUCGAGCGGCUGAUUGGCAAGAUGGUUGCCGACGGCGGGGACGUGCCGGGGCGGGAGGGGGAGGAGAUUGCGGCGGGGACGGUGCUCUACAAGGUGCUGUGGGAGGGCUGGCCCCCGGAGAUCGCGACAUGGGAGGAGGAGGACCAGGUGCCGUGCGGGGAGGUCGACUUUGUCGCUGACUACGAGGCGGCGCUCGAGGCGGAGGAGGAGGAGGACGACGAGGACGACGAGGAGGGCGAGGAGGGCGAGGGCAAGGACGCUAUGGAGGCCUAG